AUGACUUCGUCCGCAGUUGCCAGCGGCCAGCUUGGCCUGCCGACGAAGUCCGCGACGCCCCCGCCUAAGCCCGAACCUGGGUCACCGCCCAGCACCUACGAUGCUGGUUCCAGUUACCACGGCGCACCACCGCCGGUUGAGCCUACUCAGACCCAGGGCGAGGCUCGGCCCUCAGACCAGCAGCAGAUGCUACAAAAUGUCGAGGCUUCCUCAGCGGCCGUGGCUCCUACAAAACCCGAGCCAGACAGCGCGCCUGCCGAAUAUACCGGCGCAACAACAGAGGCGACUCCCUCUACGCCCGUUGCGACAGUACCGAAAACCGAGCCGCAAGAUCUGCAGCCAAACACCAUGAAUCUGCCCUCAUUUUACAACACGCCUCAGAACAUGCCGCUCUAUCCCGCAAACGGCAUGUCUUCUGAUGUCAUGGCCAUGAUCCAGCUGGCCCGCAUUGCGAAUGCCGAAGUCAUGAGCCGCCACCAUGGCAACACUGUCACUCCUGCCGAGGUGUCCAUGCUGACCCCGAGCCACGAGAUGGCCGACCCCCUGACCAUGGGGAAUGGCGCCAACACCACUGCUGUUGCCGCCGCCAUGUCACAAGGCUUGGAGUCGUUCGCGCGCAUAGAGUUCGCCGACAGCGUCUUCCAGAUGACCACCUAUGCCGUCAUCAUCGGCCGUGAUCAACGUGCUCUGAACCAGGCACGUCUUGAUGAAAAGCGAAAGCAAGAAUACAACAGGCAGGUUGAGGAAUACACCGCCAAGGGCCUUCCUGUACCAGCGCCACCCUCUCCAACGCGUGGCAAGUUUAGUAAAUCCUACGUCAGUGAGGAGGGCGGUAUGCUGGGUCCCGAGUCCGACGGCGACGAAAACCCACGACCAUCAAAACGGAGAAAGACUCACAGCGCCGCGGGCUCAUCGUCCCACAACUCACAUCAACAUCAGGAAGAUGCCGUCGAAGCCCAGCAACCCGCCGAUGCCAAGAGUCAGAAUCUGAUCUCAAAUAGGCAAUAUGUUUCCCACACACCUGGUGCUGCCACCGUUGACCUGGAAUCUCUCCGUCCCUCGCCUCACCACGUGCCCUUCAUUGGCAUUCACUCCCCCGGGCCUGAUAUCGCAAGCCGGACCAAGGCCAUCUCGCGAGAACAUUUGAAAAUCAGAUAUAAUCGUGAAAAGGGUGUAUUUGAGGCAAUUCCACUCCACAGAAAUGGCUUUUUUCGAGAUGACAUACAUUACAAGGACGAGCCCGUCAUCCUCAAAAGCGGUGACAGGCUCCAGAUCAAGGAUGUCGACUUUGCCUUCAUUAUCAACGGCGUCAAGCACGGGUGCACGGGAGCAGAGGACGAGUUCGAGGAAGAAGAGACUUCGAGUAAACGUUACUCUGAAGGCGGAAAGGAAAUGAGUUUCGAGUUCGAAAGCUCACAUGCGGGAGAAGUACAGGAAACCAGCGAUGAAGAAGAAGCUGCUGAAGGAGAAGAGAGUGAUAAAGCAUCCGCCGAUGGCGAUGAGCGAGAAGCAGACGAAGACGAGGUUAUGGAAACCGUUGAGUUGGAUGAGCAGGGCGGCGACAAGGCAGCUCUCCUUGACCCUCUACUGGGUCUACCGAUGCCCCCCAAGAAGCGAGGACCUGGUAGGCCGCCCAAGAAUGGGAUCAUGUCUAAGAGAGAAGAGCGACUUCGCAAAAAGCUGGCUCAGGAACAAGCCAAGAAGACUUUGCCACAGCUGCCUCCCGGAGAGCCACCAGUCAAGAGGAAGGUCGGUCGUCCCAGAAAACACCCACUGCCGGAAAAUGCUGGCGACAAGCCGGAAAAACGCAAGUACAAGCCUCGCAAACCCAAGAACCCCGAGGACGGUGCUGGAUCCGAUCCAGAGAAGGCCAUCAAGGAGAAGAGACGAGAGAAGCCGAAGACUCCGCCACUCGAGCUCAAGGUGGAGGACUUUACGCCUGCUCAACUCGAAAAGCCCAACAAGAACUAUGGCGUCCUUAUCGACGAAGUACUCUCAGAAGCACCGCCUGAGGGACUUACCCUCAAACAGAUCUACAAGAGGAUCCAGAAAAAGUACCCCUUCUAUUACUUCAACGUCGAGACCAAAGGAUGGGAGAGCAGUGUCCGUCACAAUCUCAUUGGAAACGAUGCUUUCAGGAAGAACGAAGAAACACAUCUCUGGAGUCGUAUACCGGGUAUUGAGCUCGACGCGGGCAAGAAGCGGAAAGCGAACUCUCCUGAUCAGUCCACCGCCGCUCUUCACAACCUCAACCCACAAUGGAACCCACAGAUGCCGCACCCUCAAUUCCACGGCGAUCACAUGGCUGCAGGACCGCAUGGCUUUAGACCAAGCCCAUUACCAGCUCCAACACAUGGCCUGCCAAUCGUCAACAACCAGGCUAUGGCGAAUCCGCCCAACUUCCAGCCGCAGCCCGGACUGGCGGGCUCGCCGCCACAGGGUCAGAACCCGGCGCGGCCUGCCUUUCCGCUUCCACCACAGGCCCCUGCCCCUGCCCAACUGCCAGGGUAUGGCCCGGCAGCCGUCCAGCGCCAAUUGCAGAUGGGUGCGCAAGCUGGCUCGUAUAGUUCCCCAUAUGCGCCCAAACCACCGCAGACGCCUGCGGCCGGCGGCGCUGCUGGCCAACAAGCACCGGUCAUUCAACGGCCUGCGCAACCAGCGACCGCCGUUCCACGACCACAGGGACAAAUGCCACAGCCUGGGGUACCUGCGGGUCAACCUAGCAGUGUUGCCGCAGCCAGCAGCGCGACGGUUACCCCGGCUGUCGCGGGUGCGUCUAAUGGCGCAGCGGUCACGCUCAAACCUGUGGUCGAUCCGGAGCUGUUCAAUUUCCUCAAGACGUUCAAGAACCAAGUCAUAUCACAACUCGAGAAGCGCUUCAACAAGGCCGAGGCCAUAGCCAUGUCCGUCAUCAAUCGGGGUAUUGGACUCUCGACUGAGAGCAUCGUCCCGGAGCACGAAAACAUCGAGAAGAUCAUUUCAGGUGUCUUUGACACUGCGAAAAAGAAGUUUCCUGACAGCAAGAAUCUGGAUCCCAAGUUGAUCUCCAUUCUGACCACUUUCAAAGCUGGCUGGGUCGAUACGCUAAAGCCGAAGCUUGGGCAGCCCAAGUCGGAAGCUCUGCUGCUUUCUGCGAUUGAUCGUGUGCUCGGUUUCACCGACAAGAGUAUCAUGCAUCCGGCGAACGACACUGAGAAGGAGGAAUUCGAACAGGCUGAGAACCUGUUCAUGCCGCACAUCAAGCAACAAGUUGAACAGUAUCAGCGGACCAUAUCACUAGGGAGAUAG